CGUAGGCGAUUAGCGCGUUUCUCUUCAUUAGUUUGCUCCGAGAACUGCCGAAGGGAAGGGCAUUACGUGUUGCGUCUGUGUUGCGCUGAGAUUACAAAACCGUUACGUGAGUUUGUGGGACGAGAUUGAGUUGAGUAGUUUUUUGAGGCUAACAGUUUCUAUACGUAAGGUUUCCCCCGCCUGGCAGACUAAGAGGGUACAAGUGUGUGUUUUCUGGAGGGCGUUUGAAGCUGCGAGGAAGGCAGGACAAGCGAGACUGUUUCCAGAGACGUUUGGUGUUUGGGAGUUUUCAUUAUCUUGCUUAAGGGGUUGAAGGUGUGUGGCAAGCAAGACAUUUUCUGGAGACAUUUGGCAUUCACGAGUCUUCAUCCUGCGUUUGGUGUUUGCGAGUUAACCCACACACUUGAAGGACACUCACAAAACACCGAAACUCACCCAGGAACUACGCAAUAUGUCGAUGAAGGUGGAGGAAAGGCAAGUGGAGGAGGAGGAGGAGGAGGACGAGGAAGAAGAGGAGGAGGAGACGUUAGUGCUAGUCGAGCUCCACGGCGUAAUAGACUCGGAGAUCUUCACUCAGGACAGCUUCAGUAAAUUCAAGAUUCUGGCGGUGGAUUCCGAACGGCCGGUGAUACAGAUUGAAAACUUCGUCUUCUCCGGCGAGUAUGAGCACACAGUGGGGACGGCUGUGUUGUUCGAGGAGGAGGAGAAGCGACUGAAAUGCGACCCCGUGUUCUGCAAAAAGCCGGCGCGGAUGUUACGUUACGCCUGCAGCACAAACAAGAAGCUGAGCAUGAAACGUGUGUUCGUCUCGGAGAAGAGCGGAGCCAGGAAUGUGAAGUUUGAGGGGACGCCAGGAGCUAGCCACCCCCCACAGGACUCCUCUGACCCUGUAGAACCUCCUGUUGAUGGUUCUGCUACUGAUGUGGAUGCCAGUGUGGAGGAAGAGACAUUAGAACCGCAAAGUUAUACCGAACCGAUGCAGGAAGAUUAGCCAUUUAGACCUUCUGCUCCUACCCCAUCUCCUCUUUCUUCCUAUUCCUUCUCCUCCUCCUCCUGUUUCUCGUACUCCUUCUCCUCCUAUCCGAUCUCUUUCUCUUCCUAUUCCUUCUCCUCCUACCCGAUCUCUUUCUCUUCCUAUUCCUUCUCCUCCUACCCGAUCUCUUUCUCUUCCUAUUCCUUCUCCUCCUACCUGAUCUCUUUCUCUUCCUAUUCCUUCUCCUCCUACCCGAUCUCUUUCUCUUCCUAUUCCUUCUCCUCCUCCUCCUGUUUCUCCUACUCCAUCUCCUCUUUCUCUUCCUCCUCUUCCUUCUAUUGCUAUAUACACCACCAAGGAAGGAGACAUACUGACCCCACAAACAAACAUAAGGAGAUGAAAAACAGUCUAUAUGUGUGUUUCUUUGAGGUCUCGCUUCAUAAAACUCCUCCUCCUCCUCCUCCUAUAUACACCAUGAUAGAAAGACACACACACUGACCAAACCAACAGACAUAAGGAGGUACAAGCUGUCUAUGUUGGCUUGGAAGAAAGGAAGGCCAGGGAAGAUAGACCCAAAAACUGUACUGGGAUUGACGGUAGAUGAAGCCAUAAACAGCAUGAGAGUUAGCCACAUGGAAGCGCUCUCGGUGGAAAGCUGGAAAUGAAGAGAUGGAGAGAGAAGAAGAAUUAAAGGAUAUAGAGGAAGGAAGAUGAAGUAAUGACCUUAGAAGAAGAAAUAAGAGUUAGCCACAUGGAAACGCUCUUGGUGGAAAGCUGGAAGUGAAGAGAUGGAGAGAGAAGAAGAAUUAAAGGAUAGAAAGGAAGGAAGAUUAAGGAUUGACGACCCAAUAAGUGACAUUAGGCUUCAGAGGUCAGCAGAAGAAGGAGGAGGAGGAGGAGAUGAAAAGGAAAAAGAAAAAGGAGGAAGAGGAGGAGAUAAAAAAGAAGAAGGAGGAGAAGAAGAAGGUGUGAAAAUCCUCCUCCUGCUUAUAUGAAGAAGGAGGAGGAGGAGGGGAAGAAGAAAAAGUAGAAGAAGAAGAAGAAGAAGAAAAAGGAGAAGAAGAAGAGAAAAAAUCCUCCUCCACUUACUUAUCCUCUGUUUUUUGAUGCUCUAAGGAAGGGAGGUACAUCAACAGUCUCUCCAACAACCCACAGAGGUGCAAGAUAACUGUACAUGUGUGUGUGUGUGUGUGUGUGUGUGUGAGGCUCAGAAGCGCACAAACAGCGGAGACACGGAAUCUGGCUGCCGCGAGUGACCGUCAACCAUAGCCAUAGAACGUGUGUGUGUGUGUGCAUGUGUGUGUGUGACGUCUCGUAUUAGGUUAUAUCGUAAACUUAUACAUAGAUUAGCGUUGAUGGCUCUGGCGAUGGCAAUGUCCGAGUGCGUCGAAGUGAGGCUAUAAGGUUGGUAAUGUUAGACGCUCACACCCCACACAUCACCUAUUUCCAAAGGCCAAAAAAGAGAUCAGUCGGGAUGUAAUGAAUGUUUUUUUAGGUUCAUGGUACAGAAGAAGGGUCAGACUACCAGAAGGGCCAUGAAACUACCCCUUGAAAUGCCCGGAUCUCCUACGAAAGCCUUACCAAAUAUGAGUGCUUGGGCGCCGAAAUGUUUAGGAAUAUAACCCUAAAGUUGGUAGCUUCUAACAUCAGCUAUUUCUAAAGAUCAAAGAGGGGGGCAGUCGGGUUCUAAUGAGUGUUUCUUCAGGUUCAUGGUACAGAGGAAGGGUCACACUACAACCAGGGUCAUAAAACUACCCCUGGAAAUGCCCACAACUCCUACGAAAGCCUUGUCAAAUAGGUGUUUUUGGGCGCCGAAAUGUCUAUACGACUAUAAAAAUGUCAGGUCAGGUCAGGUCGUCUUGUUUAAACCAUACACCUCAUUUGCAGUGUUACCAGAUAAUCGUACUGACCACACUGUAUUUCCCUGUUCCUGACCACACAACUAUUGCCAGAAAAGUAUAGAAAAAAAAUAGCUAUCAGGUUUUAUGGGAACUUUAAAAUUGACUCAUUAUUUGUGUGGGUAUGAUAGUUUUGGGUCUGUAGGGGUGUAAGAAGGUGUGUAAGGGUGUGUAAAAGGGUGUAGGAAGCUGGACAGGGGUGUAAGUUAGGUAUCGGCCAAAAAAAGGAUCGUAAUGUGGUUGUGUACGGGGGAAGAAGUUCUGUUUAGUCGGCGCAACAUCUGUGGUCAUAUGCCGGAGACAGACAGAAGGGGAAGGAAUUAUAGGAGAAGGAAACAAAUCCCAGGAGACGAGACACAACCCCCGAUUAAUACCUGGCACCCAUUCACUGCUGGGUGGACAGGGGCGUAGGGUAUCGGAAAAGCCGCCCAAAUUUUUCCACUCCGCCCGCUAUGCUGUUGAGAGGUGUGGAGACGCUUGAAAAUUGAGUACGAAAACCUAAGUGGAUUGAUGUAAGAUAGUGUAGAGGGAAUGAGGGUGUUGUGGAAGGGGUCCAGGAGGUACGAGGGUGGUGGUUAAGGGUAUCACGAGAACCUGGUAACACUGCAUUCCGAGGUAUUAAAAUGAGCGCUGUCGUUCGUAAGUUAUGAGGCAUUUGCAACGCUGAAUGUACAAGCAAUUACUACCUGAAGGACCGAUGACUUUAAUUAACUUACAGGAAUAAUGAUAAUGAUGUCGAGGGCUUUUUUUGGCACACUUAAAAAUAAUAAUAAUAAUGAGGUGAGUUUUGUUUGAGUGACCUCGUGUAUAAUUGUUUACGUUUGUGUUUUCCCGAGGUGAUUGAUGUGCCACGGCCAAGCUUCUUUGAAUAUGAUAUACUUGACGA